AUGAUUUCUAAGAUUGCCAAGUCUGCUUCCAACAUUUUCUUAAGAUCCAAGGCUGUUGCUUAAACCUUCAACGGUGCUAGAGCUCUUGCUGCUUUCAACUUCUCUUCAUUAGAAAAGGUCAACAAGGCUUAAUCUAGACUCCUUAAGGCUGUUGAAAAGGAACUCAAGUACGAAGAAGAAAACUACGAUGCCACUGAUCCCUCCCUCAAGGAAUUCUUAGAAGAAAACAAGUUAAUCUUAAAGGAAGACGAAAACUCUAUUUUUAUUGAAUUGCACAAGGAUGCUGGUGAAAACAAGGUCCAAAUCCUUUUCUAAUCCAGAUCUCCCCAAACUGAUGACUACCAAGGAGAAGAAGAAGGUCAAGAAUAACAAUAAUAAUAAGAAGGUGAAGAAGAAUAAUAAAAUAUGCAAGACUACUGCGAUUUCAUCGUCUACAUUGUUAAGCCCAAUGGCAAGGCUAUUGCUUACGACUGCAGCUCUUUCGACUCUGAAAUCCAAGUUAACGGUAUCACUUUGGUUGAUGAUGUUGAAUCUCACAAGCAAUCUAACAGAUACGACAGACUUGCUAACUCCUACAAUGGUCCUGAUUUCCACAACUUAGAUGAAAGAUUACAAACUGCCCUCGUUGAAUACUUGAAGUCUGUUGGUGUAAAUGAAGAUGUUGCCGCUUUCAUUGAACACUACUCUCUUGACAAGGAAUAAAGACUCUACAUGAAAUGGUUAAAGAACGUCCACACUUUCUUAUAAUGA